AUGAAACGUCAGAAUGUUAGAACAUUAUCGUUAAUUGUUUGUACUCUUACUUAUCUUAUGGUUGGAUCAGCAGUUUUUGAUGCGCUAGAAAGUGAGGCUGAAUUGAAACAACGUCAGCAAGUGGAAACAAUCAAAAAGCGUUUAGUUACCAAAUAUAAUAUUUCAACAGUUGACUAUCGCUUGCUUGAGUCAAUAAUUGUAAGAGCAAUUCCUCAUAAAGCUGGACAUCAAUGGAAAUUUGGAGGGGCUUUUUAUUUUGCAACGACUGUGAUAACAACUAUAGGAUAUGGACACAGUUGUCCAGUCACUAUGGGUGGAAAAAUAUUUUGUAUGUUUUAUGCACUUGCCGGCAUUCCUCUUGGAUUGGUUAUGUUCCAAAGUAUUGGUGAACGUCUAAAUACUUUUUGUUCACUUCUAUUGCGACGAGUUAAAUAUUUUUUUGGACGUCCACCAUUAGUUAGCCCAAUGGAUUUAAUUAUUGUUUGUUCUCUGUUAAGUUCGGCAUGUAUCGCAAUUGGAGCGUGGAUAUUUUCUCAAUAUGAAGGAUGGCCAUAUUUUGAUUCUGUCUAUUAUUGCUUCAUUACGCUUGUAACAAUUGGCUUUGGCGAUUUUGUAGCAUUACAAAAAGACGAUGCUUUGGAAAAACGACCAGAAUAUGUACUUUUUGUUCUCUUCUUUAUUGUUUUUGGACUCGCGGUCAUUUCUGCAGCAAUGAACUUAUUAGUAUUGCGAUUUUUAACGCUCAACACAGAGGAUGAAAAGAGGGACAAACGUGAAGCAAAAUUAGCAGAAAAAGGCUUGGUUACAAUUGACUCGCUAGGCCGGCGACAUUAUAUGAAAAGCCGUGAAUCCUCUUCAUCAUCCUCUUCCUCCCCUUCCCGUUCACAACAACAAGCUGUGCCAAAAAGUGGUGCUCCAAGUGAUGAUGAAGGGGAAACGAGUGAAGGCUUUAGGACUAGAACAGCCACAGGCGGUAGCGGUGCAUCAUUAAGGAAACGACAAAAAUUAACGUUAGCACAAUCACUUUUUACUCCCCUACUCCCUCUUUCCGGUCUGAAAGGAUUAGAAUCAGAUUCGGCAUCUAUCGUUUCUUGUUCUUGUUAUCAGUUGGCCAAAACUGAUACAGUUUUGCCACUUCAACAACAACCUCAAAAUCAGCAGGGGACAUCAACACCCCUUCACUCUACUAAGGGGGUAUUUAAAUGAUAGUGGGAUUCGACAAAACGGGGUUUGAAUUUCUAAAAAUUCUUUUGUCUUUCUUUUUAUACGCGAAAUAAAUUUGAAAAAAUUUUAAAAACUUAUUAUAAAAUGAAAAAAUAUUGCCCUUAGUCAAUGGUAAAACAAAGGAAGUCGUUAGGUACUUGUGCAAAUUGAAAGGGUAAAAAGCGCGCCAUCGCACACUUGAGCAUGGUUAUAAGCAAAUAACAAUGACUGAAUUUUAUAUAAAAAUUGAUGAAGAUAUUGAAAAAAAACUUUUUG